GUUAGCGGCAAAAGUUGAAUCUUCAGAAGAAAUCAAGUUCUUCUAGAAUUCUUUAAACAAUUGCUUAAACUGUAGCUGCGUGUGUGUUUUUUAUAGUUCAUCUGUGUAAUAAAUUAUUGCCAUUGAACAAAAGUAUAUUCUAUUUUCUGUAAAAUUACCGGUCUUAUUCAUCUAAAGGAUGGCAGAUGAACCACAUUAUGUUGUUUUAGAUACUACAAUGGGAACUAUUGAGUUUGAGUUAUAUUGGAAGCAUGCACCAAAAACUUGUAAAAACUUUGCUGAAUUAGCAAAGUUAGGAUAUUACAAUAAUAUUAUUUUCCAUCGAAUAAUAGCUGAUUUCAUGAUUCAGGGUGGAGAUCCUACAGGAACUGGUAGAGGGGGUAGCUCUGUUUAUGGAAAAGCAUUUGAAGAUGAAAUUCAUCCAGAUUUAAAGCAUACUGGUGCAGGAAUUCUUUCAAUGGCUAAUUCUGGACCUAAUACUAAUGGCAGCCAAUUUUUUAUCACUUUGGCUCCUACACAGUGGCUUGAUGGUAAGCAUACCAUAUUUGGAAGGGUCAACAAUGGCAUGCAUGUUGUAGCAAGAAUAGCUAAGGUGCCAACUGACAGCAAUGAUCGACCUUUGGAGGAUGUCAAAAUUGUUAAAUCUUAUGUAAAAAAUUGAUGUAGAGUAUUCUGUGUAUUUAAAAUAAAUGGUUUUUAUUUUUUUUUA